AUGGAGCUGUCUGCUGUGGGCGAGAGCGUGUUUGCAGCAGAGUCCAUCCUCAAAAGGAGAAUCAGACGGGGUCGCUGGGAAUAUCUGGUGAAAUGGAAGGGCUGGUCUCAGAAAUACAGCACAUGGGAGCCAGAGGAGAACAUCCUGGAUCAGCGACUCUUCGCUGCUUUCGAGGAGAGGGAAAGAGAGAGAGAGCAGUUUGGUCCCAAAAAGAGGGGCCCUAAGCCAGAGACAUUUCUUCUAAAGGCCCGGGCCAAAGAGAGAAACAAGCCAUAUGAGUUCCGUAGAGAAGUCUCAAGGGCAGUUGGUCAGGUCUCGUAUACCCCCACAGAGUGCAUCAUUACACCCAGGGCCCGUGAGGGGCUUCGUGCAGUUGUGCCCACUCUGUAUCCACCCGGCGCAGUCAACAGAGGAGAGACUGUCCCUGUCGGAUAUACAGAGUUUGACAGAAGGCGCAGGUCACCUAUAACUGACGCAGAAUUGACGCCCAAAAAACGUGGGCGAAAAACUAAAGUGUCUUUAGAAAAGCCAGAGGUCAGACGCAGCAGGUCACUGGAGAGUCCAGCAUCAAGGCCCUUCCAUUAUUCCGCAGAGACGUCGGAGCACACGCUCAGCAUGCUGACGAAACGCUUUGAAGAGAAGACCACGAUCACCCCAAAGUGCAGCGUGUCGUACGCGUGCACGCUGGGACGCACAGGGGACAGAACUGCAGUAAACAGAAUGUCUCUCCAUCCCCUUAAACAUCACCCCGCCAUCAUCCCCGCACUUUCAGACCCGCACGAGCACGCGCACGCGCCUCCCCAGCACUGCUCCUCGUGGAGGCCGCCGCUGACCCGCAUGGACGCUGUGACCGUGACUGACGUCACUAUGAAUUUCUUAACAGUGACCAUCCGAGAGAGCACCACGGCAAAGGGCUUCUUCAAGGACAAGAGAAAAGGGGUUUCUGGAGCAGAGACCAAAAGCUGA